GUAAAUAACUGGACUAUCGGCAAGUAUGAUAAGUCAUUUUACAUUCGAAUUCAAUACGGUAUAUACAAGUCCACAAAUAUCACAAUGGUUUAUAUUUUAUUAUAUCACAGUUCAAACUUCUACGUUAUUAGCAAUCCAAAACACAAAUAUAUCUCAUAUUAUUUGUCACUUUACAGUAUAAAUGUUGUGCCGUUUUGAAGUGCUUCAUGAAAAUGUUAAAAAUGUGAUUACCAAUUACGUGUUGUUCAAUAUCUACGGUGGUGUUAUGUGCAAUGUAGAACAAUGUGUACUUGAAAUUGAAAUGUUAGAGAAUUCGUUUUUACUUUAUCACAUUCAUUUGUGUCUUGAAUAAAUCAUUUUUGACAGUUAGUCAAAGGGGUAAGCUUACCCCUUCAUGUAUAGUAGUGAAAGAUAUGAAAAAGUAAAAUGAAUCUAUUGAAUUAAGUCUAAUGAAAUUACUGAUGUUCCUUUUUUGACAACAAAAUCAUUAAAUUCUUCUCCUACUGUCGCCGAAUCAUUGCUCAAACAAAAUGUAAAGGCUUGUUCAAAUACUUUUAAAUUCCAUAGGGUACUGCCAAAAGAUAUCGUUAAAUAUUUUAAAACUAUUGAUGUUAAGGAAACGGCAGACUUAUGAGGGAUUUCCGUUAAAGUUAUUUUAUCUAUAAUAGAUACAUUAGCACCUUAUCUAGCCACUAUAUGUAAUAUAAGCGUCGAAUCUGGUGGGUUUCCUGAUUUAAUGAAACAUAGUAAAGUCAUACCUAUAUUUAAAUCUGGUAGUACAUUAGACCCCGCCAAUUUUAGACCAAUUUCUGUACUACCAACAUUAAGUAAAAUUUUUGAAAAAAUUAUUUUAGAUCAGAUGUUAAGUUUCUUUAAUAUUAAUAAAUUGCUACAUAAUAAUCAAUUCGGUUUUACAAGGGGUCGCUCGACAACUGACGCUGGAGUUGAGCUUAUUAAACAUAUUUUUUGUGCAUGGGAGAAUUCAGAGGAUGCUUUGGGUAUAUUUUGUGACCUUUCCAAGGCCUUCGACUGUGUUCACCAUGAGACAUUAAUCAGGAAGCUACAGUACUAUGGUGUCAAGAACACAGCGCUUAAACUUAUUAUUUCAUAUUUAAGUAAUAGAAAACAGAAGGUUAUUAUCAAUGGUAAAAGUUCUUCCGGGUCACCUGUACUAAUGGGUGUACCUCAGGGCUUGAUUCUCGGCCCAUUCCUGUUUCUGGUGUAUAUUAAUGACUUACCUCACCUUGUAGGGGAUAGUCAUGAUAUAGUAUUAUUUGCUGAUGAUACUUCCUUGAUUUUUAAACUUAAACGUCAAUCAUUUAAAUGUGAAGAAGUGAAUAAUGCUAUAUCAAAAUUAGUGCAUUGGUUUAACGUUAAUAAUCUGCAUUUGAACGGAAAUAAAACUAAUUGUGUUAAAUUUACAACAACGAAUGUUCAAAAUCUGAAUACCAAUGUGUUUUUAAAUGGGGAGGAAUUGGGCCCUGUUGUAUCCACUGUUUUUCUUGGCAUCACUCUUGACGCAAAGCUCCAGUGGGGCCCCCAUAUAUCCAAAUUAGCAAGCAGACUAAGUUCUGCAGCCUAUGCUGUAAAAAAGAUUAGGUCUCACUAGUGUCGAGACAGCUAGAUUAGUUUAUUUUAGUUAUUUUCAUAGCAUAAUGUCUUAUGGGAUUUUGCUAUGGGGAAAUGCGGCUGAUUCAGAAACUAUUUUUGUUUUACAGAAGAGGGCCAUUAGAGCUAUUUAUAAUCUAAAACCGAGAGAGUCUCUUAGAGAUAAAUUUAAAGAAAUUAAUAUAUUAACUUUGGCCUCUCAGUAUAUUUACGAAAAUUUAAUGUAUGUUCACAAAAACAAAGAUAGUUUUAGUAAAAGAAGUGAUAUACAUUCUGUAAACACUAGGAACAAACACAAGCUAGUGAUACCAGUUUCUCGACUCCACAGAGUCAGUAAUUCAUUCUUGGGGCAAUGUAUACGCUAUUACAACAAGGUCCCGGAAAGUGUACAGGUUCUCUCUAUUACCAAGUUUAAAUGUUUUAUUAAGCUGAAACUGUAUAAAAAGGGUUAUUAUAAUGUAAAUGAAUACAUGGUUGAUAAUAACCCCUGGGAAUGAGGUGAUCGCUUCCAAGCAGUUUCUAAAAUAAAUUUUGUAAAUAGUUCGUAAUCAUUUAUAUUGUAAAAUUUAUUUAAAAAAAAAAGUCCCGCUGGGUUUCUUGCUGGUUCUUCCCAGGACAGAGGGUUUUUUUCGAACCAGUGGUAAAGUAAAAAAUGACUUUCAAUAAGAAUUACACAUGUAAUGUAUAUUGAAUAAAAAAUAUUCUAUUCUAUUCUAUUCUAUUCUAUUCUAUUCUAUUCUAUUCUAUUCUAUUCUAUUCUAUUCUAUUCUAUUCUAUUCUAUUCUAUUCUAUUCUAUUCUAUUCUAUUCUAUUCUAUUCUAUUCUAUUCUAUUCUAUUCUAUUCUAUUCUAUUCUAUUCUAUUCUAUUCUAUUCUAUUCUAUUCUAUUCUAUUCUAUUCUAUUCUAUUCUAUUCUAUUCUAUUCUAUUCUAUUCUAUUCUAUUCUAUUCUAUUCUAUUCUAUUCUAUUCUAUUCUAUUCUAUUCUAUUCUAUUCUAUUCUAUUCUAUUCUAAUCGAUCUGGAAGAACCUUCCCUGUCGCGUCAGUGGCACUUUUGUUAAAUAUGAUUAGGGUUUAUCCUUAUUAAAUGAAGAUGGCGUUACAUUACAUAGAUGAUAUUGACUUUAACAACAAUAAUACUACCUGGUAGCAGUAUUAUUAACUAUUAUGGGGAAAAGAUGGUGAUGUUAGAAAAAACAUGGAUGUAAUAAUGAAUAAACAAGAUUUUAAGAGUAUUUCAGACAUAAUUUGUUGUUUGCGGUACUAAAGCGAUAUUUGACGUGGUGUAAAUCCAAAAUGAGUUUAAAUCCCAAAAAGCCUAUAAAACUACUUCUUGAUUUAAAAAUGGAACACUUAUACAUAUUUUAGAAAUUACAAGUGGGAUAAAUUGAUGCUUACUAACAUUAAGAUUUGUUAAUAAAAAUUGUGUUCAUAUUAAAUAUGAGUCAAAGAUUUUGAGGUUACUUUAAAUAUUUUAUUUACCAAAUAUCCGCGAUAACCUUCUAGUUAUUUGAUACCACCGCGGUCAUUGUGAAAUCAAACACUAAUCUCGAUGAAAAAGUAAUUGUUUGGUAAUAAUCGCCUUACUUACAGACGCACCGGUAAAUAUACUAUUUUUUCGAUAAAUUGAUAGCGUGUUGUUUAUAUUAUUAUCAUAGAUGUUCAGCAAUAUACUCUAACAUCAGUCAUUGUUAUUUCUAAUCCAAGUUUUUCCUCAUAGACUUCCACAAGACAAACUUCUAGAUCACCAUCAAAGUCAUACAUACAUUGACUUAUCAAAUGUUCUACAAACUAUUUUUCCCAUAUAAUGGUUAAAAUACUUAAUCAUCAUUGUUUUAAAUCCAGAUGCUGGACUAGAUGUACAGAAAUAUGCAACCCGGCGUGCUUUUGUCUUGGAGAAUACCUUAGUCUGUGCUACAAUUUACAACAAAUUACAAUCACACACAAAUUACUAUACACAUCAUUACUAUUUUAAAAUUCUUUAAACUUUUAUUUAUUUACCAAUUAAGAAAAUGCCAAUAUUUACCAUUAAUUAUUUUGAAAGUUAAUUAUUGCCAUUCCAUGCACGUGCUAUUCGAUUGCUCUCCCUUGAAAAGAAUGACAGUGAAUGAAGAGUUCAAUUGUUCGAACUAAUUAAGAACUUUGUAUUCCAAAAUUUAACAGAAGCUAAAACAAAGAAAUCAUUUUUCUUUUCUUUUUUUUAAUUAAGCUUCCUUUCAUAAGUUUUAUUUUAUUUAAUAAUUAUUACGGAAUCAAAAGAAUAUCGGAAAAGAAGCGAUAAUUGCAUCAUUUCCAUAUCUUUAUAUUCUGUCUCUUUCUUUACCUUUUCUUAACGCGACUUUGCAGAUGUUUUUGGGUUCGUAUUUAUCAAUUCACAUACGAUUUAUUUUUAAUCCUUAAUUAAUUGAUAAAUGAACUCUAAAUAUUUGUUCAUUUUUAUACAAAUAUUUUUGAUUAAUAUUUAUAUUAUAAUUGACUAUGACUUCUAUUAAACUUUUGAUUACAUAUGAGAAAACUAUCAAGAGAUGGCAAUAAAAAAAUCUUAUGACUCAUUCUCCUAAAAUAUGUAAGCUUUUUCACAGAUUGAUUUUCACGUUUCUUCAUAUUAUCAUAAUUACAGUUCUUCAUAAGAUCUCUGCGAUGACAGCUUUAGACGACUGGCCGGUUUUAAGUCACCUGCAUCAAUUGAGUUGUUUCGUGCUUCAUGAGAUCGUGAUUCCACGUAAUCGGCGGUCGCCUUACUACAACAUAAUGAACCAUAUCUCUCCAUCAGUGCAGCUACAAAACAAUUUGGCCAACCUAUUCUACUUUAUUCUUAUUAGAUCAUUUAAGUUCUCGAGUGUGAGUAUGAGCUUUACUGCAGAUCUAUUAUCGAAAAGAUAAUUCAACAGGCAUAUUAUAAAAUAUAAUUAUACAUUAUUCAACCGUUUUCUCGUAUCUCAUGCAAACUUAUACUAGUUUCCUGUUAAAAUACAUCAAAACAUAAUGUAAUAUAUUCGAAAUUGAUUGUAAUAUAAGUGUUAGUUUAGCGUAUUUAUUUAACGCAUUUACUUCCAUUACAUCCUGCCCAUAUCCUAGUUUGUUUUCUUCUGUCGCCUCUUAACGAAACCCAAGGGCGAUAUGGGGUAGUCGACUGCACUAUAAAAAUUAAGUAAAAAAUUAUAGGUCACACAUAAAUAUUAAUAUCAACAUUAUUAACUUUCAGGACCACUUGUAAUGCUGUUCAACAUAUGUUAACGACGUCUAAAGACGACGCACUAACACUGAUGUCCAAACAAACCAAGAAAAGCAAUGGAAAGUGACAUUCAAGCUACAAGACCUGUAUCCAACGAGCAUUUCACCGCGAUUCACUGGCCGAGAGUUGCCUGCGUAAUAUCUAUAUAAACAUAUAAUUCCCUCGGCUGUGCUUUUAUGAGGGUAGAAGAAAGGACAACAUUCUGCUUGAAAGUCCAAAGUUGCCAAAAAUACACAAUAUCAGCACACCAAGGUUGUCAGUAAUGUCAAGAGUUUUUUGAAAUUCUUCCACAAGCUUGGAUAGCUCGUGUACUACACAGUUCCUGUUUUCACGCUAACACGCGCUUGAUAUUGCGGAAUAUAGCCCGUAGCAAUCUAUUAUACUAUAUUAUAUGUAGCUAACUUUAAAACGUUAAUAUAGAUAGCAAGAAAAUAAAAAGAGUUUAAAUU